GGACGCGCCAACUGCCUAUAGAUGCUGGAGCCUUCGACAGCGGAGCGCAGCGCUCAGCGGACACAGGAAGAUGGUCUCAGGGUGGCACCUGCAAAGAAGAGCCCCAAACUGGAUGAUUUUGAGCUGGCACCUCCGUUCAAAGAUUACACUCGCAGGCAGUUAUCACGGAAGGACAGUCAGAACAGCUCCCAGCAUAGCGUUUCCAGCCACCGGAGCGCCCACACAGACUCGCCCGUGCACCUGUCCCUGGCCCCGCCUCUCAACGAGAACGCCGCUCCCCCGCCGCCCUCUCAGCCCCUGCCAGGCCUGCCCCCCCAGGACAUCCCGGCGGACGGGACCAUCCAGAGAAAACCAGACCCUUUUAAGAUCUGGGCCCAGUCCAGGAGCAUGUAUGAAAGUAGGCUUCCAGACUUCCAGGAGCAGGACAUUUUCCUGUGGAGGAAGGACACAGGGUUCGGCUUCAGGAUCCUCGGAGGCAAUGAGCCCGGAGAGCCGAUCUAUAUCGGCCACAUAGUGAAGUUCGGUGCUGCAGACGAGGACGGGCGCCUGCGGUCGGGCGAUGAGCUGAUAUGUGUGGAUGGCACAGCGGUGGUGGGCAAGUCGCACCAACUGGUGGUGCAGCUGAUGCAGCAGGCGGCCAAGCAGGGCCACGUCAACCUCACUGUGCGACGUAAAACCAACUACACCGGUAAGAAGCAAGGGGGGAUCAAGACCAGGGAGCAUAAAUUGUUAAAUAACUGCUAA